AUGCAUAAUGUUGUUGAACUAGAUGAGGAUGCGUCUUGUGGGGUUCAAGGUCGGAGAAUUCAUCGAAGACCCCGUCCAUUCGGCCAGAGGAUUCUGCCACCUAGAGAAGAGAAUCAGGCCCCAAGGGUGGUUGUGCCUAACUCGAAUGACAUUGAUGAAGAGCCUACUGAAUAUCAGUAUCACUCUGAAGAGCUACACACCCCACCAGGUUCUGAUUCUGAGGAUGAAAAUCCAGUAUUCCCUCAGUAUAAUCCUGAUACAAAGUUUGGAAAAAUUAGACUGGAGUUAGGGAUGGAGUUUGGCACGAUGCAGCAGUUUAAGGAUACAGUCAGGAAGUAUAGUAUUCAGAUGGACAGAGAGGCAUUUUUUCUCAAGGUUGAACCACAUAGGUGUAGGGUCAUCUGUUACAACGAAACAUGUCCAUGGGAAGUUUACUGUGCAAGGAGAAACCAGCCCCCUAGUUACCAAAUCAAAACACUGGUCGAUGAGCAUACAUGUCCUAGGAGUAAUAAAAGCAGGUCAGUCACUUGUAAAUGGGUGGCCGAGGAGUUGAUUAGCAAGAUUAGGGUAUGUCCUAACUUGUCCCAUAGAGAGGCUCGAGAAAUGUUCAAAGUUGAGUUUGAUAUUUGUGUCGGAGAGAGAAUGAUGUUUAGGGCAAUGGAGAAGGCUAAGGAUGUCAUCGAGGGCACAGAAAAGGAACAAUAUUUGAAGUUAAGGACUUACUUGACUGAGCUGCAUAAGGCCAAUCCAGGAUCCACUUGCCGUAUGAGCACAACACCACAACAAGAGGGGCUGCCUAAGUUUAGAAGUCUAUACAUCUGUCUAGAAGCAUGUAAAAGGGGAUUCAAGCAAGGAUGUAGGCAUUUCCUAUGUCUUGAUGGAGCAUUUUUAAAGGGUUAUUUUGGGGGGCAGCUGCUGACAACCGUUGCUCAGGACGCCAACAAUCAUCUAUUCCCAGUUGUAUAUGGAGUAGUUGAUGCAGAAACAAAGACCAAUUGGAAAGAAUUCCUAGAGUAUUUGUUGGAUGAUAUCGGGGAUCAUAGGCAAUUUAAUUGGCACUUCAUGUCUGACAAACAGAAGGGGCUAAUACCUGCUCUACAAGAAGUUAUGCCAGGGGUUAAACACAGGUUCUGUACUAUGCAUAUGUGGAGGAAUUUUAAUAAGCGUUGGAAAGACCUAGAACUGAAACAGUUGCUAUUUCAAUGUGCAAGGGCACUGACUAAUCAGGAGUUUAAUGAAGGUAUGGAUGCCAUAAAGAGAAUUAAUACUUCUGCUUGGGAAUAUCUGUCUAAGUAUGAGCAAGAAACUUGGUCAAGAUCAAGAUUCUCCACUUGGCCCAAAGUGGAUAACAUAACGAACAACAAUGCGGAGUCUCUUAAUACAAUCAUGGUGGGGCUAAGAGGCAAGAGCAUCAUAACCAUGCUAGAGGAGAUUAGAUAUUACCUCUUGAAGACUAUGGCUACCCACAAAGAUGCACUCAUGGCCUACACGGGUCUGCCUUGCUGUCAUGGAGUUGCUGCAAUUCAAAGAAAAAAUCAACGACCAGAAGAUUAUGUCCACCAUUGGCUGACUAUGGAAGCAUACAAUAGAACAUACCAAUUUCACAUCAACACUGUCCCUAGUCAAGAAUAUUGGGCUGAUGCAGAAGGGCUGCCGUGUCUCCCUCCACCUUAUAAGAAGCCAAUAGGAAGACCUACAAAGAAGAGAGCAAGACAUGAAUCAGAGAGACAGAAUGGGAGCCAGUAUAAAAUCAAGAGGAGCUAUGGAAAGACAAGUUGUAAAUAUUGCAAAAAGGUGGGACAUAAUUCGAGGACAUGUCCUGAUAAGAAGACUCCUGCUGCAGCUGAGGAAGGUGAAGAUGUACAACAAGCACUUGCAGCAGGUCAGCCGACAAGAGGAGGAAUUGUGCCACCCAGGGGCUUAGAAGACAUGUCAGACUUAGAGCAGGAGAUGUUCUGGGAAGAAACCAUGGAUGCAGUUGAAGAGGAGCUCACCCAAGGCCACCCACAGUCUGAAGCUGAUGAAGAGGUAGCUCAUUUCUCAAUAACUGUUGUUUACACUUAA